CCCAUUAGCGUCUCUCCAUUCGCGCGAUUGAAAGAAACAUCUCCGGCGAUGGCGGAAGAGAAAGUUAAAGAUGAAGCGAUGCAGAUAAUAGGAAUGUUCCAGAUUCUUCCGAGACUCGUCGUCUUUGAUCUCGAUUACACUCUCUGGCCUUUUUACUGCGAAUGUCGUUCGAAACGCGAAAUGCCGUCUUUGUAUCCACAAGCAAAGGGGAUAUUGAGUGGUUUGAAAGAGAAGGGGAUUGAAAUGGCUGUUGCUUCGAGAUCUCCUACUUCAGAUAUUGCUAACACAUUUCUUGAUAAAUUGAACAUUAAGCCUUUGUUUCUCGCCAAGGAAAUUUACUCAAGUUGGACUCACAAGACAGAACAUUUUCAGAAGAUACAUACAAGGACGGGAGUGCCUUUUACUGAGAUGCUCUUCUUCGAUGAUGAAGACAGAAACAUCAAAUCGGUUUCGAAAAUGGGAGUGACAAGCAUCUUGGUGGGCAAUGGGGUUACGCUUGGAGCAUUCAGACAAGGGCUUACUGAAUUUACUCAAAACCAUAACAGUAUGGAGAAGAAUAAACAGGUUUGGCGUGAUAAGUAUUCUGGAAAGCCUGCAUCAUCAGAGACUGACAAAGACUGAGACAUUGAUUCUUCAGUGUUGUUGUAUUUAAUUUACAUUAUUUACUACGAAUAAGUUACAUGGACACCUCAAGAUAUGUAUUGAAUCUGAACAAAAAAUCAUUCUGAAAGAUUAAGCAAUCUGAUAAUUCGAAAA